AAUAUUAAUAAUAAUGAUGAUGUGUUCUUUGUGCUGUCUUUCUCUCUACAUAGUCUUUAGUGACUUUUAAAUGUAGAUAUCUUUCAAAUGUUAAAACAAGUGGUAAUCUGUGUUCUGGCCAUGCAACUUCAUCCUUAAGGAUGAUGUAUGUGUUGUUGUGAACAUUUCAUUGGAAGAUUGGAAAAUGAAAGUAAGUCUGUGCUUUAUAAGGAACGGACUGUAUAAAAAGGAAACUUUUCUUUGGAGCUGCCUGUGAGGUGAAUCAUGAAUCAGGUUGUUCUCACACUGUUGUGUGCUCUGGUGUUUGGAGUGACUCUUACACACUCUGCAGGGCAAGCAGGGGGGUUAUCACAGCGCUGCUUAUGCAUAACAAAUCUUACAAAAGCAGUGAAGCCCAGAUGGAUUCAUGCAGUUGAAAUGUUCCCACCAAGUCCCUCUUGCUCAAAGACAGAGAUUAUAUUGACUGUGAUUGCAAAAGGAAAGGGAAAAGGAAAGGAGGUAAACAAGAGGUUAAAGGUGUGUUUGGAUCCAAAUGAGUGGCAAGGACAGAGAUUAUUGAAGGGCAAAGGAAAGCCAAACAAAAAGCAAAGGAACAGAGGAAGAAAAGAGAAGAUUAAGAAGUUUGACAACAAGGGUGGUUAUUGAAAUUACUCUGCUAUUAUACACAAGACUUCAAAGCCAUUUAGCCAUAAAUGUAUUCUUUUUCUUUAUAUCAAUUUACUGUUUUGUGAUUUUAAACAUUUCUCUGAUUAAACUAUAACUAAUACAGGCUUGUUUUAAUUGAUGCCAGUGAACAUUUUGUUCUAUCAGAAAUGAUGAGCACAUUGAUAUUUUUGAGUUUUGAGAUGAAAUGCUGUUUUAGUAAAAGUAUUGGAUAGCUUAUGUCCAUAAUUACUACUCUAUUCACUUUUUAACUUUUAUUAAUUCAUUUAGAGGAAAUCUGUGUGGGAUUAUAUAACCAUGAAAUAAAAAUAAUUCAAGCUAA